UUUAACUAAAAAUUUCACUUGGAAAUGGCUGCUGAUUGCAUCUCGUCAAACCCAUUAUUUUUAAAUUUCAAACCCCUCACUUUUUCGGGCUUUUUUCUGUACUCUUUCAUACUUCCUCGUUUGUAGCAGUAAUAGAGAUCAGUAUGCAAAAGUUGGAAGAUCAGUUAGAAAGCAGAUCAAUGGCAAAUUUACAGAAAGACGCAAAUCAAACCCACUAUAAAAAGCUUUUGACUGAUCGCAAUAAGAAGUUAGAUGAGCUAGAGCAAACUCAUAUCAAUUUACAAAAACAUAUACCCAACAUGGCGCAGAAGCCAGAUAAACCUAGAGUAGCUGUUGCUUUCUCUUUAUUGGAAGAUUUGAUUGACGAAUGUAUAUAUGAUGUAUUAUUUGAUGUACAUAAAGAUAUAAAAAAGCAAAAUUCAAUCUGUCAAAUUUGUCAAUCAAAGUGUAGAUGUUACGUACGUAAACCUGGUGUAGACAUUUGGGGAAAUAGUUAUACUGUGCAGAACCUACCCACUUACGAAUGUGUGAAUUGUAAAAAAUCCAUUGCUUCUUCCAGAUACGCACCUCAUUUGGAAAAAUGCUUGGGUUUAGCAGGCAGUCGAACUUCUAGUCGAGUGGCCAGUCGAAGGCUGAAUAAUAUGCACAAUAAUAAUAACUCACCUUCUUUAUCUUCAGUUGCUUCCUCAGUAGAUACAGUUGCAGCUGAUAGCCCCUCAGGUUCUUCGACUACAACUGCGUCUUUCUAUGAGAAUGAAUUCGGUCAGCAACAACAGAUCCAUUCACCUAGUCUAUCGCAACAGCAGAAAAAGAGGAAACAGCUACAGAAUGGUUCAUCUAUACUAUAUGUAUCGCUGCAAUAUGAGAACGUUAAAAAUAAUGUAUCUCUUGCUCUUCGCUGGCAGUUUAUUCAUAGGUAG